UCCAAAUGAAAAGAGAGGGAAAAACAAUGAAAAUACCGCCAUGGAGGGACACAACAAUGGCACACAUUGAUACGACCACCAUGAAUGGCGGCACCACCACCACCACCACCACCACCGUAAUCAAAAGAGGCGACAUAGUAUGGGCCAUGCUCCACUUCCCUCACACCUGGCUCCCCGCACUCGUCCUCUCCUCCUCCGAACUCGCCGUCACCGUCUCCUUCUUCACCACCACCACCACCAUCCCCCACCGCACGCAUUUCACCGAAUCCGAACUCCUCCCCUUCGAACACGCCUUCCCUUCUCUCGUCUCCCCUCACAUAAACCACGCCGCCGGACGCGACACCUUCCGCGCCUCACUUCACUCCGCGCUCAGGUUUUUCGGCCUGAGCGUCGUUUCAGGUUUACAGUGUCGUUGCCAAACGGGUUCGGAACUAACCGGGUCGGGUUAUCAGUUUGACCCGAGUGCGGUGCUCGCGUUUGUUCUGGACGCUGCUGUUUCGCCUUGGGUUGAAUCCCCUCGUCUCGUUGAUGCCGUUAGGGUUGUUGCUCAGAUUCAUGCUUUUCGUGGCUAUUCUUCUAUUCAGCAGAAGAGAGUGUGCAGAGAAAAACGAAAACUAGCAGGUGAUAAUAUGAAGCAGCAUCAAUGUUCAUCCUUGGGUGAGAAAACGCGCUCAGUUACUCAAGAAUCUGUUAGUUUGGAACCCAAGGAAAAAUGUCAGAUCAUAUCCAAACAGGGGGAGAAAAACAUGGCCAUUGGUGCUAUGAAAAGGUUGAACUCAACAGUUUCUGUUUUGGAAGAAAAUUCUGAACACUUGUUUCAGAAUAAACUUCUGAUUAUUCCAGAGGCUCCAACUAUCAAUGAGAAGGCUGAACUCAUUAUGCACUCUCCUUCUUUAGGUCCAUUCUACCUGGUGGGAGAAUUCCUAAAAUCUGCAAGACAGAGUCCUCUUACAUUUAAAAAUAAACCAGACCAGGGAAUCGUUGAUAUCAGCUUUGGAAACUGUUCCCCGAUGAGUAAAAUUCGCUUCUCUGUUUCUUCCAAUUUUAUGACUCAUUUGAGCAACUACAUUAGUAACAGAGAGGACAAUGCACCUGGGCUUUGCUGCAGAUUUUCUGAUAUAGAAACCGUUAUGUACCUUAACAGGAAAAGAAGGCGACUGGAUAAACCUACUUUAUGCCAUGUUUUUCCUCAUCAAAUUGGCAUGGUUCAAGAAAGUGAAGGAAAUGCAUAUAACUCAAAGUACACCAAACCUAGGAUCUCUGACAUCAAGAUGCUUGAACCAGAAGAAAGUAUUCAGAAAGAUACUCAGGCUUGCUUACGCUUUUGUGAAACUAACAUGAAUAUCACUGAUGAGGUUCAUAAUUUGACUUUACAGCAGUCUCUUACUUGUGAAUCAUCAUCUAACUUGCAGCUUGGCUUACACCCUCAUACCUGUAAGGUUGGUCCUGGUGCAGCAAAAGUUAAGUAUAUAUUCGGAUUUAACUCUUCUGAUUUCCGGAAGAGGCUGCAAAAAAGUUGCUUUGGUGAUAUCACACCUCUUAAGUCCCAAUUGUCUGCAAGAGAAAAAUUAACUUCUGGGGAUUUUCUGGUGAAGAGAAAAGAUAGCUACCCAGACUACGCUCCUUGUUCAGUAUUCAAUUCGAAAGCUGGACAUCAAUCAAAAACCAAUGUCCCAUUUUGUUCUACAUCAUUGCACAUGAAGUUCCCCAAGAAUUUCAACCUACCAACGAAGGAACUACUGAUAAGAAAGUUUAGUAUUUUUGGCUCAGUAGAUUAUUUAAAAACCAGAGUCUCUUACUACACUGGUUCAGCUCAGGUUGCUUUUUUCCAGCAAGGUGAUGCAGUUGCUGCAUAUCGAUAUGCCAAAAAGAAGGUCUUGUUUAGUGAUGCUAAUGUCCGGUUUUGGCUUGAUCCUUUUGACCACAAAAGAAUAGGAUUCGAGCGUUUUUCUCUCAUGCCCCCAUCAUCAAGCAAACCAACAGGACCACCACUGAAAUCAUGUCUGAAAAAAUCUAAUUCCUUGAGGCAGGAAAACAAAAAGAAAAAUCAAAGGGUAAGAUUUACAAUAGAAACUUGACACAGAUUUACUGUAUGAAGGAUGUUGUACCCUAGUUAUGAAGGGGUUUUGUGCUUAUCUUUGUUCCAUUUUAUCGCCGUGGACAACCAAAGUUAGAAGCUUCUUCUAAUAUGCAAGUACUGAAAAACUAGAA